CCUACAAACUCCAUCCCACAAGAAAGAGAAGUUCUUGGCAAAUUACUAAAAGAAUGGCUUGUAGAUCUACUCUCUCUUCUUUCCUCACUCUCUUCCUCUUCCUUCUGCUGGCGUCGGCCCCUUACCUUGUCUCCUCCGCCCGCUGCAACAAAGACGACAAGAAGGCCCUGCUCGCCAUCAAGGCCGCAUUCAAUAACGCCUACCAUUUCGCCUCCUGGACGAACGACACCGGCUGCUGCGACUGGUACGACGUCGACUGCGACCCCAAGACCGGCCGCGUCACCGGCCUCUCCCUCUUCCAGGACGACUUCCCCGGCACCAUCCCCGACGCCGUCGGAGAUCUCCCUUAUCUCGAGAACCUCGUCUUCCACCAUCUCCCCAACCUCGUCGGCUCCAUCCCCCCGGCCCUCACCAAGCUUAAAAACCUCAAGUACCUUGACAUCAGCUGGACCAACGUCUCCGGCCCCGUUCCCGCCUUCCUCUCCGAGAUCACCUCCCUCACUCAACUCGACCUCUCCUUCAACCGGCUCUCCGGCUCCAUCCCGGCUUCCCUUGGCGACCUCGCCAAUCUAUCCUCCAUCGACAUCAGCCGCAACCACCUCACCGGGCCCCUCCCGCCCGCGCUCUUCCAGAGAUCCUCGCAGCAGGGACCAUAUCUCCGUCUCUCUCACAACAAUCUAACCGGUGAGAUCCCGCCGGCUUUCGGGAAGCUGGGCUUCGAUCAAAUAGACUUGUCGCGGAACCAGUUCACCGGUGACGCCUCCGUCCUCUUCGGCCGGUCCAAGCCGGCACAGCAGAUCGAUUUGUCGAGGAACCAGUUCGCGUUCGAUCUGACGAACGUGGAGUUCCCCGAGGGCUUGGACUCGGUGGACUUGAACCAUAACAGGAUCUACGGGAGCAUUCCGAACCAGAUAACGAAGUUGGCGAACCUCCAGUUCUUCAACGUGAGUUAUAAUAGGUUGUGCGGCGAAAUCCCCGUUGGAGGAAAUAUGGGGCGUUUCGACGAGUACUGCUACCUCCACAACAAGUGCCUCUGCGGAACGCCACUCCCACCUUGCAAGUGAUGAAGGAAAUAUGGUCGAUGGCAUGGACUCCUGGAAUAUAAGAACGUUUGUUUCCUGUCAGAUUAUUUGUUGUAGCAGUAAUGUUCGUGAAUGAAUAAGGAAGGUGGAGUUAAAUGCCGAUUUGACCAAGAAAAAAAAAAAAAAAAAAAAAGGGGAAACUAAUGUCCGGUCCAUUCUUUGACCGGACUGUAAUGUUUAAUCCCUGUUGAACAUAACUUUAACAACCGGUCCAUACCCAUUUCCAAUGCAUAAUAAAUUUUCAUAAAAA